CCCAAACUAGGAGUUUUUUUCUUUAUUUUGGAUUGGGAAGGGUUCAUUUCAAAACAAGAUGAAGGUACAAAACAACACAAAAAACCCUGAGCAGGAAAGAACUUUUGCCCAUGAAUAGCACCUUAUUUAAACAACAGCGGAAAAAUGAUUCAGCUUUUGUUUCCGCUGGUCACUACUCUUUACUUGGAUCGUCCCGUGUCUGUAGGAAGAAGGUGGGAAAGGAGAAGUUCCACAAACCUCAACAUUGGGGCUUUUGCAACAACGUUAGGAUGUUGAUGAAUGAAGAUAAACCCGGAAUAGGUGGAGAACUGUGUCUCAGGCAAAAGAGGAAGCCUAAAUACAGUGCAUUUCUUAAAGAAAUGGGAAUUGACGCACCCCCCUGGGUAGCUUUUGAUAAACAGGUAUUAUCUUUUGAUGCCUAUUUAGAAGAUGAAGUGCCUGAAAAAAGUCAAGAAAACUAUAGAAUAAGACGCUAUAAAAUCUACUUCUACCUUGAAGAUGACACAAUUCAAGUAAAUGAACCAGGGGUGAGAAAUAGUGGACUGCCUCAAGGAACUUUUAUCCGGCGUCAUCACAUUCCUCUCCCACCUCCUGAUGAGGAUCAGUUUUAUACUGUGUAUCAUUUCAAUAUCAACAUAGACAUUGUCUUUUAUGGCUGGAAAUUCAAGAUUUAUGAUUGUGAUACAUUCACAAAAAUCGUUUUGAAGAAUAUGGGAGUCAAAUUAAACGCCCCAGGACAGUGUCCAGAAGAUCCUUACUUGAAGAUGCGGAGAGAGAAGCUAGACUUCGUGAAGCCCUUACGUCCCUAUGAGUCCUUUGGCACCCUGAAACAGUUCCUCAACUAUGAUAGGAAGGUUUUGCGUUUUUUCUGCCUGUGGGAUGACUCAACCUCGUUGUUCGGGGACCGUAGAGAGCUCAUCUUGCGUUACUUUCUGUCUGAUGAUACUAUUGAAAUCAGAGAAGUGUUGCCACACAAGUCAGGUUGGAAUGCUAUGCCGUUUUUGCUCCAGAGGGGAAAGCUACCAAAGUAUGGCCCACCUGGAGUCUAUCAACCAGGCGAGAUAACAGAUCGAAUAGUUCUCAAUGUAUAUGGUGGCUUGGUAGAGAACCGAGUGGACGGCUACCUGUUGGAUAAAUACAAGCUAGGAAAAGUACACCAAGAGUUUUACAAAGAUAGUGACCUGUCCAUAGGAACCACCAUCAAUGUGUGGGGAAGAAAAGUGCUCCUUUGCGACUGUGAUGAAUUUACAAAGUCUUAUUAUAAGACUGAAUAUGGAAUUGAGAACUUCACUUCAAUUGACUGCAAGCCCCCACCUCCUCCAAAAAUAGAAAGGAAAUUUCCACCUUAUACUGGCUUUGGUUCUGAAGAGGACUCUCUGCGCUCCUGCAUAGGCCUUAUGCCCACACCUCACCGGAAGAACUUCAGGAAGUGGAUGGAAAAAGACAGCUAUGGCUACAUAAGCAAUACUCUCCGUUUUUUUGCGAAACUAAUUACACAUGAUUGUGCCGACGUGGACAGGCUGUUUGUUAUUUCAUAUUUUCUCAGUGAUGACACACUUUCAGUGUUUGAACCUAUAGAGAGGAAUUCAGGGCUUACUGGUGGGAUGUUCUUGAAAAGAAUUCGUGUUAAGAGGCCUGGACAAGAAGUCUUUAAAAGUGAACUGUCGGAAUAUAUCAAGGCUGAGGAGCUGUAUGUUGGAGCCAGAGUGAACGUGAAUGGCUACCUAUUUCUUUUGCUCAAUGCUGAUGAGUACACCUUAAACUACAUGGAGAAGCAUUCAGAUAAGUUUCCUAUGAGCAGCAUUGAACUUGCCUUACAAAAGCUGAAAAAACAAGAAUCAAAAUCCGAAGAGCUCAGGAAUGUAUUUAUAGCUGCUGACGAUGAGCAAAGAAAGAUGGUGGAUUAUAAUACAUUCAGAGAUAUACUGAUGACUCUAACUGUUGGGGAGCUCACAGACCAUGAACUUAUAACCAUUGCGCGUCACUACCACGUGCCCGAGGACGCUUAUGAAGAUGUGAAUGUCCUAAUUGCACUGGCCCAUGAACGGUUCAAGAGAAAUACUUUUGAGAAUUUCGAAAGACUCAUUGCUAACUGUGUAUACCAAGAUCGAGAAAAUAAAAAAGUAUUACCCACCAAAGACAUCAGAAGGCUGUGCAAGUCCUCCAGGUUACCUUUGACUCACGAUCUGCUGGUAUCCUUACUGUCCAAGUUUGAAGACAGUGAAGGACAAAUAAAUUAUGAGUCAUUUUUCUGUGCCCUGAACUGGAGAAUAAAUCCGGUGCCUGAAUUGGAACCAAGAUCGUACCUUAAAGAGAGAUGUGAAGAUGAGUGGCUCGGGAUGCCAUCACCUAUUCCUGUAAAAUACAUUAACUAUGUAAAACUUUUAAAGGAGGUAUUUGGCUUAGAGGACGAGUAACCAUGCCAGCUUGGGUCAGCUCCCUUUGAUUCCUGCUCUAAUUUUGCCAAGUUUAUUUCAGUGGAUAUAAUUUCAUUAAAAACAGAAAAGAAACAAGGCUCAUGUUGAAUUGAAAUCCACAGACCACAAUUUAUCUCCUUUUGUCAUUUUAGUUUUUCAGAACAUCAUAUCAUAUUGCUGAUAUACCAGCACUAUUAAAAAUACCAUUUAAAGAAACAUCGAACAUUUUUAUUAUAUGUAUGAUUUAUUAAUACCAGGGAAUCUCAUGUUAAUUUUCUGUCCAACAUAAUUUGAUUCCUUAUGACACAAAAAGAAAAUGACUUUUGACAACUAUACAUGACAAUAUAAAAUUAAAUUAUAUCAGAGCGUAAGUUGUGAUUCUAUUAAAUGUUUUUUUCAAAUUUUUUGACACAUCUUUGUUACUUAUAUGGUUAAACUUUGUAGCAACUCACCUUAUCAGAAUAAUCCUUAAGCCUCUCUAGAGUGAAGGUAUAUAUUUUCUGAAAUUAGCAAAUCUAUGAGAGGAAAAGGACCCCCCACCCACAACACACACACAAAUUUGAGGGAGAAAUUGAAACAUAUGCAAUGUUUAUAUUUUUAAUGCCCUUUUUAUACCUAAAGUUAGCUUGUUAACUUAGGAAUAUGUGCAUAUGUAUAUAAUUAUAGUAUGACCAAAAAUGUAUUAUGUCUAAAAUAUUUAGGGAUGCAAAUGCUGAAGAUUUUGUGAGAUCUUUUUUGGUUCAUUCUCCACACACACAUACCACCCACCCCAGAGUUUUAAAUAUUCUAAGACUACAACAUGUUUCCCUCCUGCAUUUCUCUAGUUCUAUUUUUAUUUUUCUUCUAGGCCUAUACAUUAUGAGUCUCAGCAGAACUUUUGUCAUGUAGUAUAUAUUUGAUUAAAACUCAACCAUGGACCCCUGGGAAUUCAGUGUGAGAAGUUUGUCCCAAUCUACCCCAUUCUUCAGUGUUGAAUGCUGUGUAUCGUAAAUCCGGUUGCCUGGUGUUCUCAGGGACAAUGGAAGCCUAUGGAGAAGGGACUUUGACAUUUACCUUUCGGGGACUACUCUGAGGAGAACUGAUGACAUCUCAUGGGCCCUUUCUAUCUCAUUAUUCUUUCACUCCACAUCUGAGGCAUCUUGCCUAGAAAUGAGCCGGCUUCUUGGCACUCAGAUGUACCACUUUGCUCGACAACAAUGGCUUUUUCACUUUUUAAAAUUGAAGUUAAUCAAUAAACUAUUUCUAUAUAUAAACCUAGGAUAAUUUUACAUGUGCCAUUGUUAGAGUAGACCCCAUAGGACUUCCCAAUAAACUGAAAUACUCAAUUUAUAUACUAGAGCCAUUUACCCAUAAAAUCUAUUUUUGACUACUUGAUUUUUGUCCCAGGUUUUUUUUUAAAAGACAACUGACAGUGCCAAGCCAUUUUGUCACUUUAAGAUUUUCCAUUCCCCUGAGAGCAAGCUUUUAGAGGGAUGACACUUUCCUGGAACUUUUCAGGCUGACACAUUUGUCACUUACCUAUUCAACUCUUCAGUCAGUUGUCUUUUCUUCAAGAUUUUAAAUAUAUAGAUAAUUCAGCCCUCAUACAGGCUUGCAAUAGAGUUCAUUUGAGAAGUGGGAGGAGAAAAGGAAAGGAAGCAAACCAAUGAUGUGCUCCAGAGUUUGUAGGAUGACAACUGCUCGUUCUAUUGCAUAGAUGUGUGUCACUGCCCUGGUUAUUCGCAGUUCAAGCCCAUAAUUAGCAAUUAAAUGGCCAUUAUAGGAAUCAUGCCGAUAAACAUGAUACAUUGCAGCCAUACAGACACUUUAAAUAAUUAUUUUUAUAACUAAGCCAUAUACUGAAGGAGAUUUAUAAUUUAGAGAUAAUAUCCCCAUUAGUAAAUUUUAUGACCCAAUAAACAGCUCCCACUAGUUAAUAAAUGCCAAAGCCAUAAAAACAAAGACUAUUAAUGUAAUAGAAUUUUUGUACCUCCCUCUUUUGCUGGUGGUCUCAAGGCACUGAAGGGAAAUGCUAUCUUAGGAAAAACAUUUAUUCUCGUUAUGUAAAUAUCAAUGAAUUGUCUUACAGUCCAUCUGGAAGUCUCCCAGCCCCACCCCCUUGGUCCCAGGUGGUCCCGAAAUGCUGAUGCGUUCUGCUUAGGUUUCAAACAGUAGAUAACUCUGGUUUUUAGCAGAAACAAACCCUGUGACUCAAAUCUUUCAGGGAGGUAGAGAAGACAGCUGGAAUUUCUGCUGCUUCUCUUCCCUCUGAAAAAGAGAAGUCUCAACUAUUGCUAUUAUUCCAGAGUAAUAAGUUUUAGAAGUUUCACAACUUUUGCAUAUAGUUAUAUUUUUAGCUGCUAACAUUUUCUCAUUUUGAUGGAAAAGCAAGUGCCGCCUGUGGAUGUCUGGGUGAGCUGAAGGUUAAUAUAGGCAAACCUUUUGUGCUGAGAACGAAUUGUUUUUUGGUAUUCCUGGAAUCGUGGGAAUGAUUGAUAAAGUCAUUUGAAAACCCGAAUCAAAUCCUGUCUUUUCAUAAAUUGAUUAAAAGCUGCUAAGUUUACAUUACAUGGUUUCCUGAGUCAUCGUUGUAAAGUAUGGAUGUUGUCAGCAGAUGACUAAUUUAUGGUGUUUAUUUGCUUUUUCCCCCCUUUUGAAAACCUAGCCAUUUGGACCUAUUUGAAAAGUAGUGGUCAAUCUAUCUGUUGUCUUUAGUGCUUACUAAAAUAGUUAAAAUUUUAGACAAUAGAGAGGAGAUGAAGAGUACUGUAACUCUCAAGUAUUAUGAUGGGUUAAACAUUUUGCUUAUUUUAUUCUAUGUAUUGCCUCUGAUCCAAUUAAUGUAAAAUGUACCAUUCUUGGUCUUUUUUUGUGUGCUAUGCUAUUGGAAGUUUGAUUGUUCAGGGUUGUAGAGCAUCCAGGCUUUAUAGACACUUCAGUCAUGAGUUUAGGAUAUUUAAAUUGCCUUUCCUUCUUUCAAAUAGCAGGGAAUUAUUGAUGAGCAAAAUGAAAUCUCUCCAAAUUAAAAAAA